AUGACAAGAGCCCACAGCUACUCCAAGCUAUCCUACACUUCUGUGCCUGAUAUCGAAGCCGGAGCGGACGACCAUGCCAUGGGCAUCAGCGACGAGUGGGAUGGUUCGGACUCGGAUCUUAAGUCUCCGGCCACUUCGGAUCACUCGAACAGUGUAACAGAGCUGGUCAACCCGGCCGGCUGGAAGGACUGCUCCAAGGCUGUGUGGGAGCACGAUAAGAAGAUGAUAGAAAACUGGAACACAGAGAUUGAUGCUUUUCUCAUAUUUGAUGGUCUCUUGGCCGCAAUUUUGACCGCAUUCAUCGUUCCAUACUAUGUCCUACUACAACCACAAGCUAAUGAUGCGUCCUUGGUGGCGAAGAUUCGGCUUUUCGACUCAACCAGUCAGGGGAACGCCGGAAAUACAACAGUCCCAGCAUACAUCGUUGAGCUCGGGUCAUCGACGAAUAUCACUCCCGAGGAGGCCACAAUUAUCACAAACACAUGCUGGCUCUCGGCGUUCGUCUGUACACUGGCAAUGGCCUCCAUCGGAAUUUAUGUGAAGCAGUGGCUUCAUCGCUAUCAGACUAGCGUGCCGGCGAACGCGCGUCCUAGCGUUCGCGUUUGGUCUCACCGACGACGUAAUCUCGAUGCGUGGUGGGUCGCGAAUAUCAUCAGUGUACUUCCCAUCCUCCUGCAAAUUGCUCUGGCGCUUUUCCUCGUUGGCUUGGUGGUUCAGCUAUGGAGCAUGAACGCCCUAGUCGCGGUGAUCGUAUCUGUUCAGAUUGGCGCCUUGCUACUGUUCACUGUGGUCACUGCAAUCAUGCCUGCUUUCGUCCAUGGAUGCCCGUACAAGUCUCCACUCGCGUGGUUCUUCGUCUAUGUCGUCUCACAUACGAAACGGAUGGUGCGCACUAUAUUGCGAGCACACCGGAAGCGUCCAGAAAUACCAGUUACGUGGACGGACUUCGAACGUCUAUCAGCGGAGGAUGCCGCGCCUCCUCAGGACCCUCACUUGAUGGCGCAUCCCGACAGCGUUCUGAAAGCCGAUGAUUAUAUGGAUAAAGCUGUCCGUCCUUUCAUUGAAAACAGCCCGCUAGUCGACGCUUGCCAUACCCUAGAGCUAAUCAUACAGGGUCGCGCAGAACGGAGGGCUUUCGACAAGCUCUACAGAGACCAGGGCAAGCCGCUCCAACUGACGAUCAUCGCCACGCUGAUCUUGGACGCGAUCAUGCGUGUUGGCACCGACUCGACUUCGCCCACCGCUAGCGUCGCGCGAGCAAAUCUAGACACUCCAGAGGUGAUGCUCCCCCGUAUUGUCACACGACUUGCGGAACAGGAGCCUCAUCCGGGCCUCUUCAUGCGCUCCUUGAAAAUCCUCUCAGGGAAAACAUCUUCGAGGAAGGCACUAACGCAGCAGUCGCGAUGGCUGCUGUCGUCCAUUCUGGCCGACGGGAUUGCACAUUACGCGGGAAUACUGAGCUACUCGGCAGAUCUAGAGGGUUUCAUCCGAUGCAUUCCUAAAGCUCUUCGCCCGGAGGAUAUCCUAUCGCUCGUGUGGACAACUACCAUGGUCCUGUGCUCGUCUUAUAUGUUGUCCGCGAAUGACGCCUCCAAGAUCCGAAGUGUUCUACAUACGGCGAUGAUCAGUCGACAAGCUCAAUUCGACGACAUUGACGCUGCCAAGACAUCCGUGACAACAUCCUCCAGGAAUGUCAUGGACAUCUUCGGGACAUCCUCCUCCGAUAACACCGUCGGGGAAAUGACACCUCCAGUCAGUGCCAUCGAUAUCAUGCGGCGAUGCAUUCGUAUUGCUCGGAAGCAAGUCGAUAGGUGCACUUGGUCUGGAUUCGAGAGGAGCGCUUUGAAGCAUUGGGACGAGCUCCCUGAGGGCAUUGAUGCUCGAAACGCUGAUAGGAAUACGGCUGGCGCCUAUGGCGCGUACUAA